GGAAGAAAAAGCGACCACUCUGCGACUCAUAAGCGCUGUAUUUAUGCUACCUCUCUUACUCAUUUUCUUCCCAGAAGCCUCUCUCCAACUCCCAAUUGAAGCAUAACGUCUGCCCUCGGUGCCGGAUGAAGCGCGCCCCCGCGAGCUGCGCGCAACAGAUGUCAGUCCAGGUCUCUGCGGAGAGGAGGGCGCCAAAUAGGAAGAACGACAGAUGUGUCUGACUGUGGGGUCUGCCGCUAGUCACAACAAACUGCAUGAACAGCAGAGCUCGUCCUCAUCUCUACAUUCACUUAUGAGUGACUGGACCCAUCGAGACGGAGCAUCGUAUUGCCUGGACGAAGAGAAAGGCUGAAAGUACGCGUCUCUCAGCCUCCUUUGCCUUGCUAGCCAUGCUAGCUGACGUUAGCUGCGAUAGCUGGCGAGCCAUAGUUUGGUGAAGUUAACUUUGAGGAAAAUACAACAGUUCAGCACUUCCUGCAGAUAUCAAGCUGCCUCUCACAUUCUGUCACAACAAGAAAGAUGGAGGCAGACAGUGUGAGCAUAUGGCCACGCAUGGAACCUUUCUUACUUGGUGCCCUGCAGGUGGCUCCCUCAUCUAAGCUCAGCUUGCACUAUCUUCGCAAGAUGGCGAUGUAUGUGCGAACACGCGAUGGCUGCUUCCCCAUCUUGGGCUGGCCCAUGUGGAGGCAUAUUGCCUGUGGAAAGCUACAGCUUCCAGAAGACCUUGCAUGGCUCUACUUUGAGACCUUUGACCUUCUUAUGGGCCACGCUCCAGAGGAGAGGCUGGAGUGGGCAGAGUGUCUUUCCCAGUGCUCUUCCAAAAGUGAGCUGGACCAACAAAGGAACAAGUUGUCUGUGGACACACUGCAAUUCCUCCUCUUCCUCUACGUCCAGCAGCUGAACCGUGUGUCUCUGCGCACCUCUCUGAUUGGUGAAGAGUGGCCCAGUCAUCGUACUCGCUCCCCCUCUCCAUCAGACCGAGAGGCCAAGACUAGCUCUCAGAACAAGAACUGGGAUGAUCAGGCCCACUUGUCAUUUGUGCAAAGCCAUCUAGCUGAGAUUCUGGAGCUGCUGGUGGAACCAGGACAGCUGUCACAAUCUGGACAGGCCCUCCGAGAUUGCCAGAUAUCCCUGGAGGCUGUGCGGAGCUUGGGUCUGCUCUUGGAGGGCUCAGUUUGCCACGGCAGAGCUGUCCAGCCUGUCCACAGGCUACUGACCAAAGGUCCGCUCCAGACACAAGCUGGCUACUCCACACUCAGCCACUCCUUCCCCCUGCACAAGCUACUCUCGUGCCUCCAGCACAGCCUCACACUCAACCCCUUUGGGAUGACUGCCUGCCUGCGCUCAGGCAAGAAACUGGCCUGGGCUCAACAAGUGGAGGGGGCCAUGAAAAGAGCCAAAAUAGCCCGGAACACCCACCUGGCUCCACCUGGCAGUAAGAUGGUGCUAAUGUCCCAAGUCUUCAAACAGACCCUGGCUAAAACCUCAGACAGGCUCACUUGUGCCAACAUCAAAAUCCACAGAUGCUCAGAUGCCUUCAUUUACCUUCUCUCACCUCUCAGAUCAGUCAGUGUGGACAAAUGCCGGGACAGCACAGUGGUACUGGGUCCUGUUGAGACCAGCGUCCACAUCCACGGCUGCCAGAACGUGCGGGUGGUGUGUGUGGCCGGCAGGAUCGCUGUCGGAGCCUCCUCAUGUUGCACUAUCCACGCCUUGACCCCCACCCGGCCCCUGCUCCUACCUGGAAACGCAGAUAUAACACUGGGGCCUUUCCAUACUUUCUACCCCUCUAUGGAGGAUCAUAUGGCCACCGUGGGCCUGGCUGUGGUCCCCAAUGCCUGGGAUCGACCCUUGCUUCUAGGGACGGAGGGCCUCAUCAACCCCUCACUCAACACAUCAUCGAACCCAGACCCUGCCUGCUUCCGUCUGCUGCCCCCAGCUGAGCUUCACACACUGGUUGUGCCUUUCCAGAUGGAGGGUGACACAUGUGAGGUUCCAGGGGGAUUACCGUCUGCAUAUCAGGCAGCACUUGAUGAAAAGCAGAAGAGGAUACAGAACUGGCAGAAGACUGUAAUGGAGGCCCGGCUGAACAAGGAGCAGAAGCGGCAGUUCCAGGAGUUGGUGGAGAUCAAGUUCCAUGAGUGGCUUCUGGAAACGGGGCACAGGCAGGAGCUCGACAGCCUUAUCCCACCCACGAUAGCCUCUUUAAAGGACUCCGAUGGGUCUGCAGUGGACAUGCCCCUAGUUAAUGACAACAAACAUAUUCAGACUGGGCGGCCAGUUGGACAGUCGCCUAUGGCCUGUUGAAUUGUUGCGUUAGUCUUGUUUGAGUUUCAUCCCGCAGGAUAAUUGACCCUGUAAGUUAAGGUAGCAUGACAGUGAGUACACACACACAGGCUACAUAUGGUCUUACUGACAUUUGGAACUGCUGUUUGCUACAAGUAUUAUUGUGCAGUAUGUUUGUGGGUAUUUACACCUUGCUCUGGCGAGUCAAGAGCUGUUGAUACAGCCUUUAUAGCAACUUCUCUUCCGCUCAUUCUUGAGUGGAAGGCUUGUACAGGUUGCUCUCUAAGUCUUUCUUAAGAAAAGGCAGCUAGUCCUUAACAUGUCCGAGCCAAGUAGGGAGUGGACUGGCAUGUUGUAAAACAACAUUGCAAGCAGCACUGUUUUGAGGGGAGGAGCAUCUAUGAAGUCACCACAGGCUAUUAAGGGACAUUUUGAAAAGGCUUUAGAUUUAGGUUUGCUGUAUGUCAUCUUUUGGAGACAGGAAAUCUAAAUUUAGUCAAGCAGUGGGUGCAGCUCCUGUCAAGUCAAGCCCCUGGCUGACUGUAACAGGCUGACAGACCUGUCAGUCAUGCAGACUUAUCUUGUGUGUGUUCUCUUGAAGCAUUAAUAGCUCUUUAAUAUAUAAUAAUUCUCAAAACCUACAUUAAGACAUGCAGUUUGAGAACUGUAAUCCACAUACUGCUCAAUGUUCUUGUGUAAAAAGUAAUUGAGUUUUGUGUAAACUCAGUAUCGUCAGAUGUUUUGCAGUUGGCAUUUAGCAACCAUUAAAGGAACUUAAACUUAAAGCACUUGCAGUUGGUUGCUGCUUCAGGGAAGCUGUGGCUCAAUAUGGUCUUGUUCCUGGAGAACAAUGACUGCUGUAAACAACUCAGAUCUCUUCCUUACAGCCUGGAGGUCAAUAAGGAAGCUGACAUGCAUUUAAAGAUGGAGAAUGUGUAGAUGAUGAAUGAGAGCAGUUUGGGCAUUACGGACAUGUUCGUGCACCUUCAGUAACUCACUCAGGUUAUAGAAUUUUUAGUGUUAGAAUGUUGAAAAUGGUAACCAAGCCUGUUCCAUUAUGGGGUAAAAGGAAGGAAUAUUUAUUUGUUGUAGGUUUGUAAUGGCACCGUCCAAACGUACUUAGCGUGUAUAGAUUACCAGUACCUGUAGCUGCUCUGCUCAUAGGCUGAAUCUCUCAUACGCUGCAUUUUUGGCCACACCCCAGUUAUUGAUCAUCGUGAUAUCAUGACUGUGGUGUGGCCAUAAGUACAACAUGAAAGUGCAGCAGCAGUUUUUAUUGUGGACUUGUCCUUUAAAUUCUUCAGUACAACCACAACAGCUGGUUUGCUGCUGUGCCAAAUGUGGUAAAAUGUAACAUUUGGUCAGUUUGCAGAAGUGCAGCCAGAUGUUCCCUAAAUGUAUGAUUAUUUUUUGUGUUAGUUCACCUGUAUGAUUGUGUACAUUUUAGUAUUACAGUAGGAUUAUUUUUCAUAAAUCUACCCUGCCUCCAGUACCAUUUUUGACAUUUAAUACCUCCAAGUGUACUUCAGGCUAGUAGCUUUCUUUUUCAACACUUCUACUCAUUACAGAUUUUUCACUGAUUGGGAGAUGCAUUGCAAACAACAGAACUGCUGCAUGCAUCUUCUGGGCAGCAUUUUAGUAGUUAUGGGAAGUUAAGAGAAGUAGGAAUUGAUAAAAACCUGUACUGUUGAAAUGUCGUCACACGUUAGAGGACAUUACUGUAAGAGUUUUCACAAUGCUGGAUGAUGUCUUACUGCUGUUGAUCACUUCAUGUGAAGACACACACCUCUGUGCAGCUACUAUAUGAGGAGCACAAAAUAGUUUUUGAUUGUUGAAACAAUAAAAAUGAAUAAAGGUUCUGAC